GAGAUAGAGAUUCUAUUCCAUUGUAUCAUGUAUAAAACAUUUCUUGUGGAUUUUGUUUUGGAAUAUAUAUAAUGAAUGCACUGUCGUGAAGGUGUUUGUUUGUGUAUAUUCUUUGUUUGUUCCAUCAUCAUCAUCAUAACCUUUCAUGACUACAAAAAUAUACAUAUAUAAAUUGGAAGCUGGGGUGGGAUAAUUAUUGAUCAAAACAUUAAUUCUGUUUGUUUCUUGGGAAAAUAACAAACAUAAAAAUGGAGUACAACUGCCUUUUGUUGCUUCAGCAAAUUAUGGUUGUUUUAUUGAGUGGGGUGUUUUUUUGGAGACUUACCAAAUAUAUGUGGAGCUUCACAAAGAUGGAGAAAGAACCAAUUACAGUACUUGUUACUGGUGCUGCAGGACAGAUCGGGUAUGCUAUAGUUCCAAUGAUAGCAAGGGGAGCCAUGCUUGGUCCUGAUCAGCCUGUGAUCUUGCACUUGCUUGAUAUUUCUCUUGAAGCUUUGAAAGGUGUUAAAAUGGAGUUAAUUGAUGCUGCUUUUCCCCUACUUAAGGGUGUUGUUGCGACUACUGAUGUUGUUGAAGCUUGUAACGAUGUUGAUAUUGCUAUUAUGAUCGGAGGAAUCCCGCGAAAAGAAGGUAUGGAAAGAAAAGACGUUAUAUCUAAAAACGUAUCGAUUUACAAGGCUCAAGCUUCAGCAUUAGAAGAACAUGCUGCUCCAGAUUGCAAGGUUUUAGUAAUAGCAAAUCCAGCAAACACUAAUGCCCUAAUCUUGAAAGAGUUUGCUCCUUCAAUCCCAGAAAAGAAUAUUACUUGUCUCACAAGAUUAGAUCAUAACAGAGCAUUAGGUCAAAUCUCAGAGAAAUUACAUGUUCAUGUUAGUGAUGUGAAGAAUGUUAUUAUAUGGGGCAAUCAUUCUUCAACUCAAUAUCCUGAUCCCAAUCAUGCCAUUGUCAACACUUGUAGUGGAGAAAAACAUGUCAAAGAACUUGUACAUGAUGAUCAUUGGUUGCAAACGGAUUUCAUCGACACCGUGCAGCAGCGAGGUGCGGCAAUUAUAAAGGCUAGGAAGCAAUCGAGUGCGCUGUCUGCUGCGAGUUCUGCUUGUGAUCAUAUACGUGAUUGGGUUCUGGGAACUCCUAAGGGCACAUGGGUUUCAAUGGGAGUGUAUUCUGAUGGCUCUUAUGGGGUCCAACCUGGUCUUAUUUACUCAUUUCCUGUUACAUGUCAUAAAGGAGAAUGGUCUAUUGCCCAAGGGCUGAAGAUUGAUGAGUUUUCUCGAGAAAAAAUGGAUGAAACUGCAAAAGAACUUGUUGAGGAGAAAUCAUUAGCUUAUUCAUAUCUCAAUUGAUGUCAUUCAUUUGUUUUUAUCCAUAGAAAAUAAGAGAAUAGCCAAAAUCAUUUGGUCCUCAA